AACUCCCAGGGCCGCCCGGCUGCAGCAGGUGGGAGCGGGGCUGUUGAUAUCAAUAUGGCGGUUGUCAGCCAGACAAAGACAGUCAGUCUGAUGUGAUUGAGACAAGGGAGGUUUUCAGGGGGAGACUGGGAGAUAGGGGCCUCCCCUCCCCCUCCUCCUCUUCCUGCGCGGACCUCAACCCCUCCCCAGUCCGCUCCCGACCGGCGCCCCACGCGGAAGACACCCCUCCCCCUCCCGCUUUCCCCUCCUCCCGGUCUCAGCCCUUCGUACUGGGACGUUGGGGAGGGGGCUGUGCCGCGCGGAGAGAACUCGGCAACGAUUCCGAGAAUGGUAAAUAACGCUGAUCAUCUCUAGAAAGGAUAUUGCUUCACCUCAUGUAAAGUAUGCUCAAUUCCCUCCCAGUGGUUUUGUUGGAAACCAUGUCUCACUAUACAGAUGAACCCAGAUUUACCAUAGAACAGAUAGAUCUGCUUCAGCGCCUUCGGCGUACUGGAAUGACUAAACAUGAAAUCCUCCAUGCCUUGGAAACUUUGGACCGUCUUGAUCAAGAGCAUAGUGACAAGUUUGGAAGAAGGUCCAGCUAUGGAGGAAGUUCAUAUGGGAAUAGUACCAACAAUGUUCCAGCAUCUUCCUCUACAGCUACAGCUUCCACACAGACCCAGCAUUCAGGAAUGUCCCCAUCACCUAGCAACAGUUAUGAUACCUCCCCACAGCCUUGCACUACCAAUCAAAAUGGGAGGGAGAAUAACGAGCGAUUGUCCACAUCCAAUGGAAAGAUGUCACCGACUCGCUACCAUGUAAACAGCAUUGGUCAGAGGUCAUACAGUUUUGAAGCCUCAGAAGAGGACCUAGAUGUAGAUGAUAAAGUGGAGGAAUUAAUGAGGAGGGACAGCAGUGUGAUAAAAGAGGAAAUCAAAGCCUUUCUUGCCAAUCGGAGGAUUUCCCAAGCAGUUGUUGCACAGGUAACAGGUAUCAGUCAGAGCCGGAUCUCUCACUGGCUGUUGCAACAGGGAUCAGACCUGAGUGAGCAGAAGAAAAGGGCGUUUUACCGAUGGUAUCAACUGGAGAAGACAAACCCUGGGGCUACGCUAAGUAUGAGACCGGCCCCCAUUCCAAUAGAAGACCCAGAAUGGAGACAAACGCCUCCCCCAGUCUCUGCUACAUCAGGCACCUUCAGAUUACGGCGAGGGAGUCGAUUUACCUGGAGAAAGGAGUGCCUCGCUGUCAUGGAAAGUUACUUCAAUGAGAACCAAUAUCCAGAUGAAGCAAAGAGAGAAGAAAUUGCAAACGCUUGCAAUGCAGUUAUACAGAAACCAGGCAAAAAGCUGUCAGACCUGGAGCGAGUUACCUCCCUGAAAGUGUAUAAUUGGUUUGCCAACAGGCGGAAGGAGAUCAAGAGGAGAGCCAAUAUCGAAGCAGCAAUCCUGGAGAGUCAUGGGAUAGAUGUACAGAGUCCAGGGGGCCAUUCCAACAGUGACGAUGUUGACGGCAAUGACUACUCAGAGCAGGAUACUUGGCAAGUACGCAAUGGGGAGGAGGAGGAGGGAAGAAGUUCAGAGGGAGUCAGAGAAGCAGAGAAGGAUGACAGCACUAGCCAUAGUGACCACCAGGACCCCAUCUCACUAGCUGUGGAAAUGGCAGCCGUCAACCACACGAUCUUGGCAUUGGCCCGACAAGGAGCCAACGAAAUCAAGACAGAGGCCCUGGAUGACGACUGACUGGGGAGGGCGACCGUGAGAGUAACUUAGUUUAGACGUAGCACCUUAGCAGACUUUCCUCGGUCCUUAACACGUGUUCUCACAGUAUAACUUGCAGUUUCUUGUAUGUCAGUUAGCCGUUAGGGUCUUCUUGUUCUGUGAAGAUGGCAUGGUGCCCUCAGCCUUUGCAUAUACUCUCUCAGUAUUAAUUCCCAGUAAAUAAUAAGCAACCAACCAACCACACUUUCCUCUCCCGGCCCCAAGGCUAGAAAUUUCGCUGCUCCGUCUUAGCAUUCCAAGAAAGUGCUUCCAGGUAUUUAGAUAGCCCUCCGGGCCUCAGACACUAGGCUACAUGCAAACCGCGGGUGCCGUAGAUCCCUUUCCCACCGUCUGUCCCCCUUCCCUCCUCGGCUGACAGGAUGCAGGCUGAGGCAGUGUGGCCCGGGACUGACGGCCCAGGUGGGGAGUGUCCACAGUGAAAGGAGCACUAGAGCCCCACCUCGGGGUGGGGGUCCCUGAUUUCUUCAACAAGCCGUGCCUCACAACAGUCACCCUGGGGCUGGUGACGCCUGUCCGGGCUGUGCUGGGCCUGCAGCGGGAGAGCCCCAGCUCAGAUUGAGGUGAUGGUAACAUGCCUGACAGACAUCCAGUCCUCUCACAGCUGUGUGACUCAGUAGAUAAAAUACUGCCUUCUGUCUUUGGGACCAUGAUUAAAACAAACAAAAAAAGACAAAAAUAGAAGUCACUUAAAAAUACCCCCAGCUUGAGAGGCCCUGGGAAGCGACAUGAGCUGAAUGUGUGUGGAGGCCACGUCCAGCUCAAACCACUGUCUGUCAGGCGUGGCACGGCCUCGCCUGUCUGGGAAAGUGCCGGAGUCGUCAGGAGCUGCUUUGCCUCCUGUGUCCCCUUCCCUGCCGCCAAAAAAGUCUUUCAAGGACGAAGCUAAGGUCAAACAUGAGUGAACGAACUUUCAGGCUUUGUGUCCAGCACCUGAAGCCCCCUCGAUGUGAGGGGUUUAGAGGACUUUACGGUGGGUGUUGCUGACUGACUUUCACAGAUGCUAACUUCCCGACACAGGAGCAGGAAAAACAGGACGUUUGCCGCUUAGGCGGUGGGUCUGCGUGACGUGACGGGUGUGACUGCUUUGGUGUUCUCUUUACUCUGUCCUUGGAGCCGUGUGAAAAGCUGUAUUGCUACAGGCAAUUUAUUUAAUAAUUGGAAGCCAUAUUGAUAAUGGAUGUGGUAAUAUUUGUAAAGUUUAAUCUUCUUUAAGCAGCAGUAACCUAAUGGAAUUUUUUUCCUUGAUCACAUAUGUAGCACUUUUGUUACUUCUUAAAGAUAUUUAUAUUUGAUAAAUCUUUUUUUCAUUUUGAGAACUCAAAAUACCAAACAGUGAACUUGCGUUAUAAAGUCACCCUGUGAUCACCUUGUCAUCUAGUAGCAAAAAUGAUGAACUAUUCAUGCAUCGAAGAAAAUUACAUCUGCUGGCCCUGUAUGAAAAUGAUCUCUCAGCAUCCCGAUUAAAUGACACGCUGUCACUGCGGUAAGGAAACGGCCCUCCCCUCAGGUGUCAGCAGAGGGCAUGUCUGAGAGGGGCAGCGCCGGCUGCUCUCGCCAGGUCCACCUCUCCUUCCUGCGGACAAUGGGGCCUGUGUAAGGGGACUGUGGGCCCUUUUGUCCAUUACCUGAAAACGACUUCUAAGAUAAAAGAAGGUGCCAUUUCCUUACCUCCCCACCCCCCCAAUGUAUUCAACUUAAAACCAUUUGUAGAGUGAGACUUACUGACCUUCCUUUUUCUCUUUCUCGUUAGUGAGAUACUGCAUGUCCGCCAGUCUUUCGCUGGUCUAACUCCACUGUAGGCACGUGCUGACGCCACCAGCUCUUGCCUGUGAGCCCCGCUUACGUCAGUGUGAGCCAGCCUCUGUGCGGGCGUCCAGUGCCACUGUGUGGGUCUGUGACUUAAGGAGCUGUCAACAGGGCCUGGCCUGCUCUUGUCCGUGGAUUUCAGGGGGAAAUGUAUAUACUUUUUCACUUCCAAGAAUUGAAGUAGAAUGGAGUAGCCUUUUCUGUUUUACUGUGUUACUUGAACCAACAGAUUGAAGAGUAGCAUUUGUUAUUCUCAGGAAUGAUCCCCACUCGUUUUCUUUCUUGCUGUGUUUGACUUUUCGUUUGGAUUAGGAGAUUGUGUUAUCUUUCUUUCCUUUUGUAUGACUUAGAAGAACUAUAACUUGUAUCUUUCCAUUUCUGUGGAAUUUUGUUGGCUUAUUCUAGGCUGAAUCAGAAAAAAAGUGGGGGGGAGAGAAAAAUACACUGACAAGCCACAUCCAUGACUGAUUAUUGUAAGGAGAUUAUUAUCAUUGAUAGCUUCCUUAUGAUGGGAUUGCUCAUCUUGUAUGUUAGUUCUUGCUGGUCUUUUUAAGGAAACAGACGAACUGUUAAGACAACUUCAGUUU